AUGAAUCAUCGAGAUCUUUCCAAUCCGACCCACGCCACUCAUCCUUCUGAGAACCUGUCCGAAACCCCAGAAACUCCCAAUCCUCUCUCACCGACUUUUGCCACUAGGCAAGCAUCAACCAAUACCGAAGUGUCAGUAUCUCAUUCAUUCGUCGACUCCGCCACGGGCGAAGAACCACCACAUUCACCAGCCGAUACCGCAGCGAACUACGCUCAUUACGCCUCCGGGUUCUCUGCCGGUAUUCGAUCUCCCGCACAACACUUCAGUUUGAUCGCCGUACAAGGAUCUGUUCCUACCACUCCCCUUUUCAAUUACCAAGACGAUCCUGAAGUUUCCCGUCCAGGAGGGAACAAGGACGGGGAUUAUUUCCUUCCAGGUCCAAAAGGUGCCAAACGUCCAGACUGGGAUAGUAUGAUUGGACACCCGCGUGAAAUGCCUCCACACGAGGUCCAGCUGGCGUCCAAGAUUGAAGUGAAGAAUAACAGGGUCAUCGCCAUUGACUUUGACGAUGUCUUCACUCAAAACUACCAAGCUUUGCAACUUGAAAUAAACAAAUUACACAAUCUCGAUCUGACCAUUGAGGAUGCGAAAACUUAUUUCCCCCAUCAAAACCGUGGGUGGGGCAAUUAUGCCGAUGUGGGUCGUGGACUUCGUUUGAUGGAAUAUCUACUUCCGACGACCCAACCCGUAGAUGGUUUCGUAGAUGGCUUGAAAGCGCUUCGCGAAAUGGGUCAUGAGCUACACAUUGUCACUUCGCGAGCCGAACAUCAUCGUGGGCCUGUCAUCGAAUGGCUGGCUAAAUAUGGCGUAACGGUGGGUGAUAACGAGGAAGACCUUAUCAAGGAGAUAUGGUUCGUGGGGACUUACGAUGCUGCGCAAGCCCAGAUUCCGGACAAGGAAGAUACCCCUGAAGGUCUUGAGAGAGAAAAGGAGUUGAAUGCGAAGUUUAAAGAAGUUUGGAAAGCUGUUGGAAUGGGUAAAGGAGGUCAAGGAAAGCUUAAGGUUCUUCGCGAUAUCAACGCUGCAGUUUUCAUCGAUGACCAUUACGGCAACCUCCUUCCCAUCCUCAACGCCACGCCUCCAAUUCCUUGUAUCUUGUUCACCCGCUGGCCAUGGAGCAAGAACGCCACGAGCUGCCAGACCGCGGAAGAGAUCAUGACUUAUGAAGAACGCUUGGCGGCGGGAGUAGAGUUGUCGUAUCCCCCCAUCGAGGACCGAGAUGGGUUGGUAAAGUGUGAGACCUGGAACGAUAUCGUGAACUGGGUUGCUGAGUGGGACCAGGAGGUUGCGGCGUCGUCUAAAGAGGAGGAGGGGAAGGAGGUGAACGCCGAGGUAGAGAGUCAGUGA